CCCCCGGGACUGAGAGCACCGCCUCACGAUGAAACAACGGAAGGGCCCGGGAGCUGGAGGCGGCCGCAGCCGCAAGAAGAAAGGUCUAAGUGAUAUUUCACCAUCCACAAGUCUACCACCUCUGGUUGAAGGUCAGCUGCGAUGUUUCCUGAGACUAACCAUUAAUAAAAUACUCUGGAUGGUUGUGAAGCCUCCAACUCCUGUUCUCAUCCGAGUGAGGUGGUGGGGGGAGACAUCAGACGGAACUAUAUUUUGUCCCAGGGAUGCUUCCCUAAUUGAACAAAAAGCUGUGAGAACAACAACCCGGUAUGCUGUUCGUUGUGGACCAAAGCAGUUCACCUCUUAUCUAACAGAUAUGGCUGUCCUUGUCUUGGAGGUAAUCACCAAACCUGAUCGCCUCCCCGUGGGGAGAGCCCAGAUCAGUGGACUAUCGAAGUUGUCUCCAACUUUUCCAAUCAGUGGAUUUUUUACAAUUGUCUCACCAACAUCUAAGAAGCUUGGAGAGAUCCAGAUAUUGCUUGCAUUAGAACCUUUGUCAGCAACUUUUGACAACUGCAGCUCUUUCACCACUGACAUGAGUGGAGAUGCACUGUUAUUGGAUCAGGGAUUCAGAGAAAAUAUUGAACCCAGCAAACCUCAACUUUCUGGGAUGGCACGAACUCAUGCACUUCCUAUGACCAGUACUGGUGGGAAAGAGUCAUUAACAAGUAGUAGAGCCACUACUCCCAGGGGAAAGGACCACUUGUACUUUCCAGAGAACUCUGUAGUGGAUUCUUUCUUGGGACCACAGCCUCAUCCUAAUUCCAGGCAGCUUUUAGAAGAUAAAACAGUAGAACCAGAGCCUGUAAAGAAACAGGUAUCUUGUCCCACCAUCCCAGUACGUGAUACUCACAUUAGGAGAGUUGCAGAGAGUCAAAGUGACCCACAGGUUCAUCCUUUGAGCAACCCCCCAACAAAGGACCUUCUGUCAGCCCUUUUGGAGCAAGGCAAUAAACUCCGCAAUGCCAUGGUAGUUUCAACAAUGCAGUGCUGUCCAGAUGCUAAUAUAUUGACGGAAGUUCCUCCUUUUCUGAGAAAACAGUCUGUCAAAUCAUUAGCUCAUGUCAAACUGUCACCUAGGAUUGGCCCUAAGAACCCAGUGAUUGCUGAGACCAUGCACACAGUUGAAGAUCCCCUCCUACCUUCAAGUCAGAGUAUCUUUUGUGAACAUGACCCUCAAGUUGAUGCCAAGGCAAUACAGCUACUUCUGGGCAGUGCUGACAAGUCUUCCAGGCAUUACUGGGAUGGCUUAGGUUCUCCUCCUGAAUCCCUCUCACCUGGGAGUGAUGCAUACUGUAGCAGCGAGCUUAAUGAUCCUCAAUAUGAUCUAAGUCUGCUGGAGAGCUUGUUUUACGUGACAUCGAAAGCUGAUUCCAUUGUGAGUGAUGUUCACAGUGAAGAUGAUGAUAAAAUACUGCCUGAGAAAAUCAUCCAGUCAAGAAAUACUGCCCAGCAUUCCAAGGCAGUGAAUUUGGGUCAUGAUAGUCAAAAGAAGACAGCAUUGGGAAAGAAACCUAAAAGUUCUUCUGUUCAACUGACAUGCUCAGAGAGUCCCAGGAAAACUGAAGUAACCACACUGAGUUUGGAUAGACUGGCCUUGUUGGGUCGAAUACGCUCAGCCAGAGUUGUCAUUGAAGCGCUAGGAGUACCCCCAGAGAGUCCCCAGGUGACCCCAGUCAAAACAAGCAUACCAGCCAGACCACCCAGAUCAAGUUCAGCCAGAAAGCGCACUUUCUUUGUGGAAUACCACUUUCCUAUUGAUGCCUCCAGAAGUGACACAGAAGAGAUUUCAGUGACCACAGAAAUUAUCCGACUAGCUUCCAGUAAAAUCACAGGGGGAGUGGUCAAAUUUCAGCAACGAAACGUGUUCCCUGUACAUUUUGGCGGAGCAAUGAUAGAACACUGGUGGAAAUCUGAUCUCACUUUCAAAAUAUACAUGAGAAAAAGCACACAGAAAAAGGCAGAGUUAAUUGGUUCAGCAGUGCUUCCUCUGCAAGAGGUCAUUUGCUCGAAGCUGCUCUCUUUCAGUGGCGAACUGUCUGUGGAAGAGAAAAGCCAAGCAUCAUUUGGACCUCUCAAGAUCUCAGUCCAGCUUGCAGUUGAUAACAAAGAUGUUAGUGGCACGAACUCCAAGUCACUCAGUGGUACCCAGCAGCCUCCCAUGUGUGUUCUUACAAGCCCAGCCAAACAAUUCCCAGGAGGAGGUCAAAGUGCUACCCAUGGCAAAAAUCUUCAAGCCUGGACUCAAGUUAAUGAAGAUGCUUCAAAAGAUGCUUCAAAGCAAAAACAAUACUUAGAUCCAGCCUGCCCCACUGAGCUGAAGCCCUUAUUACCUAGGGCUUUGUCACCCUCCAACAGUACAGGAAUCCAGAUAGAUAAAUCAGCAGAAGAAAAACCUUUGCUUUUACACGUCUUGUUGAUGGUGCCUGAUGGAAAAGACUUUGUUACUGGAACAUCUGAAAAGCAGCAAACAUGCAACAUAUAUUUAAACUGUAAACUCUUUAGUACAGAGGCGGUAACAAGAUCUGCUAUCAUAUGGGGCACAACACAGCCAGCCUUUAACUUCACCCAGGUAACACCUGUCUCUUUGACUCCCAAGUACCUGGAAAGACUCAAGAACAAUGUAAUGGUAAUUGAGGCAUGGAACAAGGUUCGGAGCCCAGGACAGGACAAGCUGCUUGGGCUGGUGAAGCUGCCUCUCCAUCAGUUUUACAUAUCAUUCAAAGACCCCAAGAUUUCUCACCUACUCCUUGAAGCUCAGUACCCAGUGGUUGCAGUUGACAGCUACACACCUGUGAUAGAUGUGUUCACAGGACAUCAGAAUGGAAGCCUUCGGGUAUUUUUAGCUAUGGGCUCUGCUAAUCAGAUAACAGCCCUGCAAAGGUUGAAGAAUGAAGAUGAACCAGUCCCUUCCUACAACACCAGGCCAGCUCAUUUUCUGGAUCAGCCACCUGCAUCUCUUGUUAUGCAGAGAGAUGGUCAGGGAGAUGGACUGAUAGAGCACCAAUUUGAGAUCCAUGUGGAAAAAGUUAAAGGACUCAUCCCACUCCAGUCAACGGUCUGGGGAGAAACAGACUGUUAUGUCCAAUACUGCUUUCCUGUUCAAGACUCAAAGGACAGUACAUCAAAAGGAACUAAGUUACCUGAAAGUGGAAUCACUCUAAAGCCUUUUCGUUCAGCAACCACACUGUGUGUCCCUGACCCGAUCUUCAACCACAAAUACCUUCAUUCUCUCUUGCUUCCACCGGAAGUCCCAGUGCAGAGACUUUUGCUCAGUGCCUUCUCAGUGUGCGGGCUGGUGCCUGGAGGAGGAGUCCAGUUUGAAAUCUGGUGCAGGUACUAUUACCCCAAUGUCAGAGAACAAAUGGUUGCCAGAGGCUCAUUGCCAUUAUCCCGACUGUGUGCCAUGGUGACCAUGCAGCAUCACAAGAAUGUGGGACUACAGACCUUUAAUCUACCUUUAUUCCCCAGAUCAGAUAGCAAGGAUGAAUUCCAGGCCCAGAUAUCAGGUCUGCUAGAUGUGAGCCUAAGAUAUAGACACACAACCAGGACAUCGGAGGGAGUCAUUGCUACUCGAGCUGUGUCCAUCUCAGUGCACAUUCACAGAGCCAGUGGUUUACAAGCAGCAGCAAGAGUCAUAGCUGAGAAGGAGCCUUCUUUGCAGUACAAUGCAACAGUAGGUGUUAAUACUUCAGUUACCACACAUCUCUCCUUCCUGCCCAAGGGAGAGCAACGUCAGACACACCCUGUGGCGCGUACCUUCUGCCCUGAAUUCUCCCACCACAUAGAGUUCCCUUGCAAUCUGGUGACACAACAUAGCAGUGGUGAAGCCUGUUUUCUGGCAGAGCUGUUGGAGUUUGCUGAAGUCACUUUCUCUUUGUAUCACCAAGACACAAAGCCAGGUAGUCGAUUAGAUCACAUUCAGCCUCUAAGAGAGUAUCUCCUUGGAGUAGUCAGGAUUCCAAUGAAAGAUUUGCUCAUCAAAAGGUCAGGGAUUACAGGGUGGUAUCCAGUCAUCUUGCCUGAGGACCUGUCUCCAGCACAAAACACAGACAUCAUGCAGAUGAUUGUGGGUGGCCUGGAGUUAUCAGUUUCCUUUGCCCAUUCUGGUGACAGAGAACGGGUCUUGGAAGCUGCUAAACUUCUGGGCUGGAGUUUUGAGGAAUGCCCUGCUGAUCUCCUCACAGAUGUUGAGGAGAGGCCAGCUACUAUCACUGUCUCCACCCCAAGAGCAUGGCUGCCAACCCAUUGUGUGUUACUGGCUGGCCAGACACAUAUCCACAAGGCCACCCACUGCUACCUUCGCUAUAAGCUGUAUGACCAAGAGGGCUUCUGGACUCCACUCAGAAAACCAAAGUUAACCACGGAUGAAAAACAAGUCACAAUGACAUUCACGACAACAAAAAAACUAGAUGUUAACGUGGGACCAUCACUGCUUUGGUACUUCAGGGAAGAGAAACUGGAAAUCCAGGUGUGGCGGUCCUAUGGGAAUGACAGUGUGGAGAGGCCCCACCUGACAGACACCUUGAUUGGUUCAGCCUAUGUGGACCUUUCCAGGCUCAGUGUGAGGACAGCAAAGACACUGACUGUUAGUGGUGUUUAUCCUGUGUUUGGACGCAGUGCCUCGGACUUGUCUGGGGCAGCAGUACGAGUUCAUGUUGUUGUCACUUCAGAAAAGUCUGCUUCUUUUCACUCUGGGCCUGCUCACCAGCCUAACUACACUGAAGAUAGCAGCAACAGUGACUCAGAAAGGAUUCCCCACCAAGAGGACCCUGAAGAGCCUGAAAACCAGAGUGACUCCAAGAAACCUCCUUGUUCCCAGGGGCCCCAGGCAAAGAGUCCCCCUGCAGAAGCAGGCACAGUGGAUAUGGAAGGCACAUUUGCUGUCAGCAUCUUAGUGGAAAGAGCCAUGCACUUAAGUUUAAAAGGAAGCCCCCUGACUGAACGGAAUGUCACAGCACCCAGUUGCUGUGUGUCAUUUGCUGCUGCAGAUGUAAGAUCCCCAAUAUAUACACAUGUGAUUGAGAAUACAGACUCUCCUGUCUGGGACUUUCAGCAGGAAACCAGGUUACCCAAAGAACUUCUACUGGACUCCCAACAAACCCUGGUCUUCAAAGUUUGGCAUAAAGCAGAUGUGGAAUGGGUGAUCGGCUUUGCCUCCGUGGACCUCUCACCUCUUCUCUCUGGAUUCCAGUUUGUUUGUGGCUGGUACAACAUUGCAGACUUCAGUGGACAAUGCCAGGGGCAGAUUAAAGUUGCUAUUUCCCCCCUGGAAAGCAUCAUUCAUCUCAAAGAAGAAAGGCUAGCUAGGCAAGGGGCCAAGCAGAUUCCAAAGUAUAGUCCAUUUUCCUUCUCUACUUCUGCAUUUCCCAGUUGCAUGGGAAGGUAUACCCUGGAUCAACCAGCCCAUGGCUUUUCAAAAGAUAUUAAUGUGUCUUCUCCUAGAAGAAGUGGACCUUUGAGAAGCCAGGCAUCUCGUCAUGAAGAACAUAUGCAGAAUGUUCGCCGAUUUCAUGAAUCCUUGCAGCAAGCUGAAGGGAUUAUUCAGAAUGAUAGCCAAGUGGAUUCAAUAGCUUUUUCAUCCAAUGAUACACUCCUGAUCUCCCUCAGGAAAAACUUAAAUGAACUAGAUCAGAUUCAGAAGUACUUCAAUCAGAAAUUAACCAAGUCUUACCCUCAACUCACCUUCAGCCACUCAGCCCAGCCACCCCAAGAGAGCAGCAGCAGUCAUCAGGGUGCUGAGACAAGGAGCCCGGACUUAGGGAGCCAUCACAUUUUAGAAAAAUCAAAUCGCUUGGUAUCUCAAGUCAGCACUCUGAUUACUGAUCUGCAAACUCUAACCAAGGAUUCUCCAUCAUUGUUGAAUAUUCAUCAGGCAGAGAGUGAAAACCUUGAAGGCAAAAGCCUCCUAAGGAUUCAUAGAGCAGAGGAGAAAGAAGAGAGAAAUGCUCUACCCCAAGACCAACCCUCCCCUGUCCCUCUUGAAAUACCACCACUUGGAAAGAAGACACUGGGUAAGUUCUCAGACCAAGAAGCAACAGAAAUUAACCUUCCAUUGGCCUUGAAAGUUAAUGAGAUUGAAGAGGAUUCUGAGGUGGCCCAAACCUCCAGUGAUGAUGACUAUGAAGAAGAUUUCAUACAGCCCAAAACCCUCAACGAAAUUACGACCAUGACAGAUAAGACCAGUCCUUGGUCUAGUAUUACAUCAGAAGAAGAUGUGGCAAUUGAUCUUCUGCCAAGAGAGGUAAAGAAAGAUGACCUUUGUACCUCAACUUCAAAACACUCCCCCAAAGAAGACCAGAGUGGAGAGAAUAAUUCCCACCCGAGGAUGCACCAGGACAGCUGCCUGCAGCCACCCAACACCCAGUCUUCCCCUAGUCCUAUGACAGAAACAGACAGUGUCUGCAGAAUGAGUACAGAUAUGGGUCUACAUCAAAAGAACUCCAAAGCAACAGGCUUAUCUCAAGAAGGAGAUGCUAGCAAGGGCAGGAGGUUCUCUCUGGUCCUUGAAACAACACAGGAAGAGAAGCUGAAGUCCAGUGAGUCAAGUGACUCUUCAGAUAAUGGAGAUUUUGCUCUUGAUCAAACGAUCUUAGUUCCCCAAGCUGAAACCUCCUGUUUAGAUGAGAGCUGUGGAAACAAGGACAGCAAUCAUGACAAGGAGCUGCCUGCAAAGUUGUCGUCAUGCAGAAGUAGUGAAAAGCCUGACGUCCUCUUGGCAGAGUCAGAGAAAUCCCCAAAGCAGAGUCUCCUACUACCAGAGCCUUUGGUGGUCCCUAAUUUCUUCCUUUCAUCCAAGCACUUGGAGGAAUCAAUGAGGAUGCUCUCUCUCUCUGCAGCUUCACCAUCAAUCACAGCCCACCAGGGAGGAAGUGAAUCUACAAAGAGCAUCCAUUACCAAAGGCCUGGCCGGCCCAGACCAAACCCACUCCCACCAGAUCUGCCCAGAAAAGAGGCACAGAGGAUUGCCAAGAUCUUCUCAGCUCAGUAUUCCCAGAAGGACUAGACUGUACCCAAGCCCUCAUCCCCUUCCCUGAUGCACCCUGAGUAUGACUACAAAGAAGAGGGCAGAUGGCUACUCCCCAGGAAUGAAGCCUGCCUCUGGCAACUACUCCGCCACAUACCAGGCAAGGAAUCUCCAGGUGAAGGAUCCCAACCGUCCCUCAUGAGGCUGCUGGGAAUGACAAUCUGGAAUGUAUGUAGCACAGUGAGAGCAGCUCCUCCUUUGUGAACAAGAAUCAGAGUGGGAAGCCUCCCACAGAACUCUUCUUCAUGGAGUGACCAUAGCAGUGAGCCCAUUCAGGUUGGGACCUCUGCCCCUUGGAUGCUGUAUCCACCCACAGCUCACGGUCUGCUUAGACUUUCCUGGAAAGGGUAGGAAUGGGAUCAUUUUGUUAGAUGUAUUUUUUUUUAAUUAGAUUGUGUGAACCACUGGGGAAAGGGAAAAAUCACCUUAAUGGAAGUUUUUUUAGGAAAUUGUCUUAAAUGAAAAACCAUGCUUUUAAUUUAUUAUCUGGACUCAGAGGAGCCUCAGCCUGUCCCAAUAAAGCCCUUUGUACUUGUGUCCUGGGCACUUC